GAUAUUGCUAAUGAAUAUUUGCAGAUUUUAAAUGACCCUAAAAAUACUUCUAUUUCAAAUUCUAAUAUAUGUCACCAUGUUAAAAAUAACUAUUCAUCUCAAAGGAUCAGUGGAAUUGUAACAUUAAUACAUAAAAAGAAAUCGUCAAAUAAUUGGAAACCUGUAGCUUUAAAAGAGAGAUUAUACUAUAUUAUCGCAGAGAAGCAUCUAGCUGUUGGACAUAGGGGCGCAAGAGCUACUUAUAAACAAAUUGAUCUUAUAGAUAUGCGAACUAGAAGAGAUUGUGAAUUUAAAUGGAUAGCACAUGCCAGAGAUCAUUUCUCACAUUUUUCCUGGGGCCAUAUUCUUACUGAUAAAUAUGCAGCAAAG